UUGAGUUGACGAAUUUUAUUGACCCUUUUUGUUUGGUUCUAUUGUGCGCCGUGUUUUUCCCAGUUUUGACAUUUUGACAGAAAGUGUCAGCGAUUGUUUGUUGUGUGCAAAUAAAUAAGCGUUAAACAUAUUAGCAAUAUUAAUAAAGAUUUUGUUUUUAAUGGUGAACUAAACUCUAUGUUGUCUGUUACGAAAGUGAGUCCAAGUAAAAUUUAUAAUGAGUACUUUAAACAAAUUAUGAACAAGAACGGUAAAAUAUUGUAAUUGUAAUAUUGCGAUUGAUUUUUUUUGUCGACAUGAAUUCCUCUUGCUGCGAACAAGCAUUAAUAAGGCAUACAUUUAAUGUGAACGUAACCACUAGAAAUAAUAGGUAAUGAUUGUUAUGGCUAAAUGAAAUCACAAUAGGAUAAAGGAAUUUGGUACUAUAAUCGGCUUGCUCCAGCACUUAAAGAAAAUGAACAAUUACAUGCAAAGAUUGAGUUUGACAGCAUGGCGACGAAAAAACACAAUAUUAGUGGUCGCUGCUCUGCUAUCCUUAAUCUUAUUUGGAUUACAAUACUCAGUAAUCGAAGAAAAUAAUUCAAUAAACGAAGAACGGGACGCGAAAGUUGUCGAGGACGCUUUACUACACAGCAUCAAAGUGAAAUUUAUUGAGGCUGCAAAUUUAAACAGGCCAGCUUCAACCCAAACUAGCCAAAUUCUAAAGUCCGAGCACCUUAAUCAAAAUAGUGUUCUCGACAGACAAACAGAAAAAGAUUUUCAAGUAGUAGAAUCGGAACAGCAGCUGGGCAUUCCUUAUAUAAAUAUUGACACAAGAAACCCUUAUGUUCCUAAGCAAAGACUAGUGCAUUUCGAUCUCAAAGGGGCGCCUCUGACACUUACCUACUUUAGAAAAGUCAUUCCUCUGGUGAAACAUGCAGGUGCUACGGGAAUUUUGCUAGAGUAUGAAGAUAUGUUCCCCUAUAAGGGAGUAUUACAAUCCCUUGCUGCUAAAAAUGCGUAUACUGUGGAUCAAGUUAAAGAAAUAUUAAGGUUGAUCGAGGAUGCCAAAAUGGAUGUCAUUCCUUUGGUUCAAACUUUUGGGCAUAUGGAGUUUGCUUUGAAACACAUAGAUUUUCAAAAUAUUCGCGAAGUACCUGGAAGUCCUCAAUCUUUGUGCCCUAGUCGUAAUUCUUCCUUAGAUUUUAUCAGAGAAUUAGUUGAACAGGUCCUUGAUUUGCAUCCCAAAAUAAAAUAUCUUCAUAUUGGCUGUGACGAAGUGUUUGAAAUGGGGGAAUGUGAACUAUGUCGGCUCGAAAUGCAUGAAACUUUGUUCCUAAGGCAUGUUCAAAAUGUAGCCAAUAUUGUUCGUGAAAUAAAACCGGACUUGCAAGUCAUUAUAUGGGACGAUAUGUUGAGGCAUUUGUCUCAGCAGAGCAUGCAGGCCAUGAAUUUGGGCAAUUUGGUGGAGCCCAUGAUUUGGGUUUAUGCGGAAGACAUAUACAGGUUUGUUCAGCCACCUGUAUGGGACAAGUACAGUGCCAUAUUCAAAACUGCUUGGACGGCAUCUGCUUUCAAAGGGGCCUUCGGUGAAACCGUUUAUAUUCCGAACGCUAGAAGGCAUCUCGAAAACAACCUUCACUGGCUGGACGUGAUGGCAACUCAAUCGGGCGUUUUUAAAAAGGGUAUCUCGGGCAUCGUUCUCACGGGUUGGCAGCGUUACGACCAUUUUGCGGUACUCUGCGAGCUCCUACCCGCCUCAUUACCAUCGCUGGUUAUCAAUUUGAUUACUGUCAGCCACGGCUUUUUCAACUCGUCGUUGAAAAACGAAUUUUUAACGACGCUGAGUUGUCCGCAACCCCCUGCCGGACGCGCCGCCCCUUUUAUUAACCUCGAAAGCGACCCCCACAUGUGGGAUAAAUUGGCGAGGUGCAUGUUUCCGGGUCAUGGAUUUUUUAAGUUGACGUAUCGGCUCAACAAUCUCGAAAAUGAAGCCCGCGAAUAUUUGGACACGACUACCAGACAGAGAGGUUGGAUGACUGCUUACAAUGCGAAACACAAUUACAGUUUACCGCUGAGGGUGGAAGAGCUCACUGCCGAUUUGCCGCGGGUGUAUCACGGUACUGUGUCCUUGGCCAAAUCCGCUGCUGAUCUUUUGGUGGGGAUCGUGGACAACUAUACGAUAUCCGAGUGGAUCGAGCAAAGGAUUUACCCGUACAUAGUUGCACUGGAAAGCAUACAGAAUCAAAGCGCCGUGCUGAAAAACGUCAAUCAUUGGCCUUCUAGGCCUCUGCCCCCCCUAACGGAUUUGCAGAGACAUGGGAUCUCGCUAGGAUUUAACUAGGAUCGGGAGUUUCAGACGAUUAUGACCGGUAGAACAAAUUGUUUUUGUUUUUCAAUGUUGCAUAGAGAGACUUUUUAUCAAGUUGCGAACGAUAGUCGUUAGAUCGUAGAUAUAUAUUGAUAUUAUGUUGGAGAGAGGAAAUUUAUGUGGAUGUAUUGAAAGUAUACGGUGCGUGUUUAAAGCAUAUAGCUAUUAGACGAAAUGGAAUAUAGAGGCCUUCUUGCUGUACUGAUAACGCAGCUGCAAACAUCAAAAAGUUCUGGAUUUUAAUGCAAUCAUUAACGCAUUCAAGAUGACCGCUCGUCGACGGUAUUUUUUCAAAAUAUACCCAGAUGCGCAUUAAAUUCAAAAUGAAGUGUUUAAACAUCGCUCUGUAAAAAAUGACGAACCAUGCAGCGUAGUGUGCGUGUGGAUAUGUGCGACCAUAUUACAGCAUUUACGGCCUGUAUAUUUUCUACUAGCUGUGUGUUAUAAAGUAACCCAUCCCCAUCAUUUAUUAGUUAGUUUUAACUAUUCAGUUAAGUUUUAUCGGACUUUUUUUUAAAGAACAAAUGAAAUGCGGAUAUGAGCUUUGAGUACCUUAAGUUAACACAAAUGUCACAAAGGAUUAGAGGGUACUUCCGAAAAGUAGAUUUCAGUGUAUUAGCAUUUUUGUUAAGAACCUUUUGAUCGCUUAUUAUUGAUAUUUUGAACGUCCGUUAUUUAAGGGCUUUUCGUAGUUUUUUUUAUUAUGUGGACUGUUUAUUCAGUGCGAAUGUGGUCUAAUUUUUUGACGUAUUUAUUCACACUAUUCGAUGUUCCCGCGACAAUUUUUUCGAUGCAGUAUUAGACUAAUUAGCCUGGGCAACAUGCGAGUUCAAUUAUUUUACAAGAAAUCACAAUUUUUUUCGAAUUAUUUAUUGUUUAGUGUCAUCGAGACGGUAGUAUUAUUGUUUUUGGCUGUGUUGAACUUUUAAUUUUUAUGUAAUUUUUUUUUUUAUUUAUAAAUUGUAUAUACACGACAUCAAUAAACUCGAAUGUGUUCUUUCUGCCUU